AUGAGAUCAUCUGCUAGUCUUGUGCUUCUCCUUCUUUUGGGGUUGAUCGCAAUGAUGAUGAAUAUUCAGGAAGCAAUGGGACAAUUAUCAACUGUUCGUGCCUUCUUGUCUGACUCGGAUUUGAAUGAAUUAUUGACAAAGGAAAGUCCAUUAUUUGCUAAAACUAUUGAAGAACAAACUAUUGCUGAUAUGAAGUUUACUCAACAUGUCAGUAUUAUUGGUGAUGUUGACAUUAGUGUUACAAAUAUUAAAAUUGCUGGAGUUUCAUUGGGUAAUUUGCAAGUAUUGAUGCAACAACCAAAUCAAGUCACUCUCUCUGAUCAAAAUGCUCAAUUAACAAUCAAUGCUAACUGGGCUUAUCGUCAACAAAGUUGGCCACACUCUUCUGGAUCAGGAACUGUUGUUGUUUCUACCAAUACCAUCCAAAUUCAAGAAACUGUUCUCAUUACUUUAGAUAUUAACAGUGGUAAACCACAAUUCCAAGUCACUACUAAUACUGUUGAUUUGGGUAAUUUGAAUAUUAACAUUUCAGGAGGAUCUGGAUGGAUUUUGGAUUUAUUGCAAUCCCUCUUCUCUUCCCAAAUCAAAUCAUCUGUUCAAUCAGCCAUUCAAAAUGCUGUCAGUUCCUCUGUUGCUAAAGCCAAUGCUGACAUUCAAACUGCUAACCUUAUUCCAACUUUGAAUAUGACUGUUGGUUCAAACAAUUUCAAAGUUAUUGUAGACUAUCGUUUGACUGAAUGUGAUGUUCAAAGUAAUAAUUUCUUGGUUAUUGCUACUAGAGCUACUUUCUACGAUCCAAACAAGGGACCAUCUGCUCCUCUCCCAUUUGGUCAUGUUCAACUUCCAAAGGUUGCCCCAACUCAAAUUGAUGAUUUGAUUGAUGCUUAUGGAACUGAUUUUGUUAUUAACUCACUUCUCUAUGCCUUGUAUUCUAGCAAUCAAAUGCAAACCUAUGUUACACCAACAAUGAUUCCAUCCAACUCUCCAAUUCAAUUGAAUACUACAAGUUUGAAAUUGUUGCUUCCUCAAUUAUACAAUGCCUAUCCAAAUAAGCUUGUUAACUUAUUUGUCUAUAGUAAUACUGCUGGUAAUCCUGGUCAAUAUCCAAAUAUUAAGAUUACUCAAAACAAUGGUGGAAGUAUUACUGCCUUCUUCUAUGGUAAUGUUGAAUUCCAAGUUUUGAAUCAAGAUGGAUCUUCCACCAAUGCUUUUAUUAUUUCACUCGUUGCUAAUGCUACUCUUGAUAGUCCAAAGUUGGUUGUUUCUUCUGGAUCCAAGUUGUACUUUACUGCUCAAAUUGCUAAUCCUCAAUUCCAACUCUCAGUUUCUCAAUCAUGGAUUGGACCAAUUAGUGUAACCAGUUUGCAACAAAUUAUUCAAGUUGCUUUGAUUGAUGCUUACUUGCCAAUUUUGAAUCAAGAUUUGGCUGCUGGUGUUCAAUUGGUUGACUUUUCAAGUGUUUUACCAGGAUUCAAUUUGGUCAAUCCAAACUUGAUCUUGCAAAAUGGUUAUGUUACUAUGGGUGUUAAUGGAUAUUAUAGUCCUUCAUUAUUGUACUAUCAAAAGACAGGCAAGAAGAUUUACACUCCAUUACCUAUUGAAGAACUCAAGAAGAAGAUUGAAAAGUUGAAGGGAACUAUUAAGAUUCAAAAAUAAAUUAUUUCUCUAAAUACUUUUGA